AUGGCAGAGUAUUUAGCUUCAAUAUAUGGUACGGAGAAGGACAAAGUAAACUGUUCAUUCUACUUCAAGAUCGGUGCUUGUCGACACGGAGAUCGUUGUAGCAGGAAACAUGUCAAACCAACAUUCUCCCAAACUAUACUCUGUUCGAAUGUAUAUCAGAAUCCUGCUCACGAUAUGAACUGUAGCAUGACAGAGGAACAAUUACAGCAACAUUUUGACGAUUUUUAUGAAGAUUUUUUUAUAGAGCUAUGCAAAUACGGUGAAGUAGAGGAAAUGCAUGUAUGUGAUAAUGUUGGGGAUCACUUGAUAGGAAAUGUAUACGCGAGGUUUGGUUACGAAGAAGACGCACAGAAGGCAGUUGAUAAUUUAAACCAAAGGUUCUAUGCUGGUCGCCCAAUAUACGCCGAACUAUCUCCUGUAACCGACUUUCGCGAAGCCUGCUGCAGACAAAACGAGAAUUCCGAAUGCACACGUGGUGGUUUUUGCAAUUUUAUGCAUCUGAAACAGUAG